AUCAUUUCCAACACCGAAAUCAAUCACAUCUAUAUUUCUCAAUAGUUGCCUCUCUGAGUCUCUCUUGUAUUGUAUUUGUAGCAAUGGCAACCAAUUCUGUGAAGUGUACUUUGGUGACCAUUUUCAUCUUUGCCAUGGCUCUGUCUCCCACUUUACCAUCAUGUGACGCUGCACGUGUUCCAUUAGCAGUUAAUAAUGGACCCAUAUGCCCUACUUGUGUGUGCUGCACUCCACCACCCCCUGGCUCUUGCUGCAAACAGUGUUGUGCUUCACCAAUUGAAUCUCAAACCAUUGGUCAAUCUCCAUAAUAGGGAAAUCACUCACAUGUCCAUUUAUUAUUUAUAUUAUUAAGAUUUUUACUUUUUUCGAAUAAAAACUAUGUUAUUUUAUGUGUAAGAAUCAUUAUCAUGAUCAUAACAAUAAAUAAAUAAAUAAAAGAAUCAAUAUCAUGAUGUUAAUUACCAUCAUCAAGGACUUUAUGCCAUACAUGAGAAUGGAUCCUAAAAGUUAUAAA